AUGGAACUCCUAAGAAUUGAAUUUAGUGAUUUUGAUAUGGAAAGCAAAAAUAUCAAUCAAGAUUUUAUGAAACUGACGAAGAGACAUUGUUAUCUAUUAAAUCAUAUAAAAUUACUGACUGAUGCAGUAAAUCUUGUUCUACUAGCGCAGUUACUCAUCAGUGGCUUUCUUAUUUGUCUAAUCGGUUUUCAAUUGAUUCUGGCGUUGAAAGGGGGUGACCUAGUAAUGAUAGCUAAAACUACAAUGGCGUUAAUGACUUUCCUGUUGCAAUUAUUUGCCUACUCUGUCGUGGGCCACUAUUUGAAAAGUCAAACAGAGAACAUGGCGCAUUCUAUUUACUGCUGUAAUUGGCAUUGCUUCUCAUUGAAAAUGAUGAAGAACGUCUUGUUUAUCAUCACGCGGUCGCAACAAUCCAUUCCGUUCACAGCUGGCAAAUUUAUCAUUGUUAACUUGGAGACUUAUAUGUCUAUAUUAAAAACUUCCUUUUCAUACUUAUCCGUUUUACGUGUAAUGUUAGACACCUAG